AUAUUUGGGGCUUGGAAUUCUCUAUUAUUUCUCCUCCUUAGCUCCGGCUCUUCACCUUACAUGGACGAAUCGACACUUCCCCCACCACUUUCUCCUUAUUGAAAUCUUGUAACAACAUUUAGUUUUUAUUUCAAAAUUAAUUGGAAAAAAAAAAAAGAAGUGAGAGUAUAAUUUAUUCUUAGGUUCACCAACCAGAUAGUUUAUAGUUUAUCCAAGUUGAAACGUAGCCCUUUACAUAUCUUCCCUUCGCUUUCCCAUCCAACAUUCCUGGACGCUAAAUGCCAGGGGAUUUUUUUAUUCCCGAAAUACCCUCGCUUUUCCUUCAAAUUUCCAACCUUUGCCGCUGCUAAAUUGAAUAAAGAAAAAGGAAAUCACACUUAACAGAUCUAAACAAUUUUCCUGUUUGGAAUGGUGCGCGGGGAAAUGGUGGAGAUGGUGGCGCGAGAAACCGACGAAGAGCUUUCAUUGUUGCCACAUCAGAGCAAUGUUGAUCGAUCAUGGCGGUUGAACUUCGAUGGCUUCCAGUUAUCUCCCGAACACAAAGACAAAAAGCCUCCUCGUAGCCUCCAUGAUUGCCUUGGGGUUUUAGGUCCGGAAGAUAAUGUGGCUGAAUACUACCAGCAGCAGGUAGAAAUGCUAGAGGGUUUUAGUGAAAUGGAUGCCUUAGCCGAGCGUGGAUUUAUUCCUGGCAUGUCAAAGGAAGAGCGGGAGAGGUUGGCUAGAAGCGAGACAUUAGCUAUUAGAAUUUCGAAUAUUGCAAACAUGGUUCUUUUUGCCGCUAAAGUUUACGCUUCCAUGAGAAGUGGCUCAUUAGCUAUAAUUGCGACCACAUUGGACUCUCUUCUUGAUCUCUUGUCUGGCUUCAUCCUCUGGUUUACUGCAUUCUCCAUGUCAACACCAAACCCAUAUCAGUACCCAAUUGGAAAGAAACGAAUGCAGCCACUGGGUAUCCUUGUUUUUGCCUCUGUCAUGGCAACUCUUGGACUGCAGAUAAUCUUGGAGUCUGUUCGAACAAUGGUAUCAAAUGAGGAUGAAUUCAACCUGACAAAUGAGCAAGAGAGGUGGGUUGUUGGCAUUAUGCUUGGAGUGACUCUGACAAAGCUUCUCCUCAUGUUCUAUUGCCGCACAUUUACAAACGAAAUCGUUAAAGCUUAUGCUCAGGAUCACUUCUUUGAUGUUAUCACAAACAUCAUUGGCCUUGUUGCUGUGCUACUUGCUAAUUACAUCGACGAUUGGAUGGACCCUGUUGGAGCUAUCAUUCUGGCUUUGUACACAAUACGGACAUGGUCGAUGACAGUAUUAGAGAACGUGAACUCACUGGUUGGAAGAUCAGCAGCUCCAGAAUAUCUUCAGAAACUGACCUAUCUGUGUUGGAACCACCAUAAGGCCAUAAAAAACAUCGAUACGGUCCGAGCUUACACCUUCGGGUCUCACUACUUUGUCGAAGUUGAUAUUGUACUUCCGGCAAACAUGGCAUUACAAGAAGCUCAUGACAUUGGAGAAUCCUUGCAAGAGAAACUGGAGUUACUGCCCGACAUUGAGCGAGCGUUUGUUCAUUUGGAUUAUGAAUUCAGUCACAAACCUGAACAUGCACAGGCACAUGCUCUGUAGGUAGCCAUUAACCUAUGGUUUGUCCGGUUGGGCUAGUAUGUUAGAAUGUUUCCACCUACAAAUUCUAUGGCCUAUGUAUGGUUGGAACUCGAGGUUUAGUUUAGUUUAGUUAGUUCAUGUACUGAACCUUGGCAUCUAACAAGUCUAGAGUUCGAGUUUCUGUAUUUUCAGUAAAAAAGAAUCAACUGAGAGUAAAAUAAGUAAAGGUAAAUAUUGGUAAA